GGUGUCCGUAAAAGAAUGUCCCAGUUUCAGUGGUAUAUUACAACAGACUGUUUACAGCAAAUUGUACAUCAAACUGAAGGAAUAAAAUGUCCUGUGUGUGCAAAGUUCGUCCUUCCGGAUGACAUAGAAUGUCACCUGGUGAUGUGCCUCACGAAGCCGCGGCUCAGUUACAACGAAGAUGUUCUGGCAGAUGACAAAGGAGAAUGUGUCAUAUGCCUGGAGGAUCUACAGCAAGGGGAUAUCAUUGCUAGACUGCCUUGUCUCUGUAUAUAUCACAAAAGCUGCAUUGACAGGUGGUUUGAAGUGAACCGUUCGUGUCCAGAACACCCUGGUGAUUAGCCUCUGUCAGCUGCCUCUUCCCGAACUGUUGAGGUAUUACCUCAUGGUGAAGUGAUUGUUUUAAAACUGUUACAUACAUUCAAAUAGGAAUUACAGUUUUCACACCGUAACAAAUGCAGUAACAUUGGGAGGAUAGUUAGGCAGUUUGAAAAAUAUAGUUGUUGAGUUUGUGAUCUGGAUUCACAUUUUUAGAAUCCUGCCCUCUGUAUCUGUUUUAAUUAUCUACCCAAAUAAGAACAACAGAGAGAGAGAGAGAGAGAGAGAGAGAGAGAGAGAGAGAGAGAUGGUUUUGUGAGGGGGAUGGAUGACUCAUACUGUGAUGUGUUGAAAGAUUUUUUUUAGGGAAAGAGAAGCUACUGUGCUUUGCCAGCAUUCUUGUCAGUCACUAACAACAGUUAAGAGAGGUUGUUUGAAACCUCAUUGAAAUAGAAUGGGAAAGGGCAAGAAUUUAAUUACGUGUUCUGUUCAUGGAUAUUGCUUCAUAUUUUAUAUAUAUAUAUUUCUCAGACAGAACACAUUGCUUGCUUUGCCUUUUUUGGUAUAACAUACAGUUUUAAGGCAUUGUACCAUAUUUACUGUGACAUAUUAGACAUAUGUUUGAGUAUUUAAUUAACAUAACUGUAUUUACAUGCUGAAACAAAAGCCGAAUGUUUAGUCCUUCAAGUUCUUGUGUUUAACAUCACUCACUGCAACGACCACUUGUCUUUGCUGUAAGAGCGUAUAAUACUUGUAAUAUGUUUUGAAGUAUAAUUGAAAAGACUUAGACUAAGGAUUACGGGCACAUACAAGUAACUGUGUUAGAAGCAGGGAACUCCCUAAAAGUCUGGUAGGCUUUAAUAUUUUUGAUACUUUCAUAAAAAAAACUAUAUAGAGCAAACAUGCUACUCAGGAGUAUUUUUGAGUGACAGCUUAAGUAAUUUAUUGUUGUGAAUGGAAAUAAGUGAAACCAAAGAUGUUGAUUAAACAGUGGUAAAGUUUAAAACUGUUUGCAUCCAAAAUUUUUAUUGCUUAGAAACUUUUUAAAAAGAUAUUAGAUUUGUAAAUCCUUACAUUUUUAUUAAUGAGUGUGGAAAUUGUGUUCGUAAGCAGUUUCUAACAGUUGGUUUAACCCUAUAAACACACACUGUUUUGGUGAUGCUUAAGUCAAAUUGUACUGUUGCUAGAAAGUUUUAUCAGUUUGCUGCAAGCUUACAGUGGGAGUGACUAUAAGAGUACCUUACAACAUGUUGUGCCAUUUCUUUCAAUUUUGUUCCUAUCGUAUAUAAUUAUUGAAAUCAGCUACAGUGUAACAAAAAUCCUGAAAUUAUCUUAGCAGUUUAAUUUUUAUGUGAAAAUUAUAUGUUUGUUGCUAGCUUAUAAGUGCUAUUUGCUUUUACGAUUUAAGUUCUAAAACAAUGUUGAAUAUGUGUGCUAUGGGAAAUUGUUGUAUGGUUUUUAUGACAUUGUGAUAGUAAGAUAAAGAUGCAUUGUGGAACAAACUCCAGUAAAACAUGACAACAUUGUGAUUAAUUCUUACAGCUGAAACACUGAAGUGGUUUAAGAAUGAUUUAUUUAAAAAAAGUGAAUCUGAAGAGAGACAGCAGUCAGUGCUUUUCACAUGCUAAGUGAAGAGUGAGAAGAGGUGGUAAUAAAAUCUAACUGUGAUUCCAUUAUAAAGGCUUGAUUUUACCAGGCUGCACUGUGCUGCCACUAUUUCGGAAAGAUGCCUUGGUGCUACACUUGAAGGUGUAAAACUCAAAUUUGUGUGGAAAUAUAUUCCUUGUGAUGCAGUAAUUAGACAUGUAAAUAACCAAUAUUAUGAUGAUGAAACUUCUGUAUUGUUAUUUUAGCCAAAAUCAAUUAUAAUA